GUGUGUGUGUGUGUGUUCGUGUCGUGAUUCCUGCACAAGAAGAUCAGCACAGACAGAAGGAUGGCGAGGAGAAAACAGAGAGAACCCAGGAAAUCUGCAGCUUAUCUUCCCCUGGUCGAGACUGAAGCAGCCACUUUCGAAGACAAGCAACUUCAACAUGACAGUCUCGCGUUGGACGAGCAUGGACGAUACGUAUUCAAUGAGAAAGAGGAAGAGGAUGCAAAAGAGUCGCUGAGAUUCCAGGACUCCCCUAACAGUAAUGGCACCAACCCAGAUACUGGCUAUCUAUCCCCACUCAGUGACACCAGUGAUCGGAUCCCUGAUUUUAAGAGCAUUUCUUCGAAAGAAGGACACGAAGAGGAAGAAGCACAGAGCAGCUCGGACAACAGCGUUCUGGAUAACCUAGCUCGGACAAAAGCCAUCUGUGAGAACCUGAUCUCUGAUGCCGCUUGGUCCAGUGUUGUGAUGAAUAUCAAGAAAAGCAGGUCAACUACAUCCAGUGCAGCUAGCAUGAUGAAUACCAGUGGCAAUUACAUAAUUAACAGACCAAGCAAUCACAAUCAAACGAUCCUUAACGGAAAGGCAGAAAGCAGUUCAAAUGGCUGCACAGUUAGUAAUUGCAACAUUAAGGCUUCGAACGGUGCCGGUAUAGUUUACGACUGGCAUCAGGCUGCUGUAGCCAAAACACUCCAACAAACUCAUCACCACUUAUCACCAGAGCCAAGCCUGUUCAGCACGGUUCAGCUGUACCGGCAAAAUCACAAACUCUACGGCUCCGUUUUGACUGGUGCUAGCAAGUUCAAGUGCAGGGACUGCAGUGCUGCAUAUGAUACACUAGUAGGUCUUACAGUUCACAUGAACGAUACUGGUCAUUACCAUGAUGACAACCAAGAGAAAGAAGAGGAGAAUAAUGGCAAACACUGGUCGAAGCCCCGCAAGCGUUCAUUGUUGGAGAUGGAGGGCAAAGAGGAUGCCCAGAAAGUACUGAAAUGCAUGUUCUGCGGCCACUCCUUUGAUUCUUUACAGGACUUGAGUGUCCACAUGAUUAAGACUAAGCAUUACCAAAAAGUGCCUCUUAAAGAGCCUGUGCCAGCCUCGGCCACCAAACUGGUGCCAUCAGCCAAAAAAAGAUUCCUUCAUGAUUCCCUAAUUUCCCCUUGCUCCCCAAAGUCAUGUUCCAGCAGAGUGGCUUCAGUGGUUCAGAUGAAGGGCACUGUUAAUCCUUACGUUACACCAAACAACCGCUACGGCUACCAGAACGGUGCAAGCUACACUUGGCAGUUUGAGGAACGCAAAGCGCAAAUUCUCAAGUGCAUGGAGUGUGGGAGCUCCCAUGAUACACUGCAGCAACUCACAGCCCACAUGAUGGUCACAGGUCACUUCCUGAAGGUCACAAACACUGCACUGAAGAAGGGAAAGCAGCUAGUGUUUGAUCAAAGUAUGGAGGAAAACAUACAGUCAAUUCCAUUACCUCCUACAACUGCUAUUCUAAAACUCAGGUCAGUGUCCCCUGCACUGUCUUCUGGUUCAGAGGCCAAGAAGGAGAUAGAGGAGGUUAGUGAGCCUGUAGAGAAAAAAAUCAAGGAGGAGAUGGAAGAGGUCAGUAUGGAUUCCACAUCAUACAAGUACCUUAGAGAGGAAGACCUUGAGGAGACUGCUAAAGGAGGGAUGGACAUUCUGAAGUCUCUGGAGAGCACAGUGUGCAGUGCCAUCAAUAAGGCUCAGACAGGUACGCCCACCUGGGGAGGAUACUCCAGCAUCCAUGCCGCUUAUCAACUUCAGGGAGCUGCAAAGUCAUCUAUACUUCCUCCAGUGGUUCAAAGUGUGCAGGCAGUCAUCAACAGCAACUUUCAAUCACUCGAAUCUGAUCCUGGAUCACUAAUUUAUAUUUCCCCCAGACAGUCAUUGCCCUUGUCCCUCAGGAACAAUGUAUCUACCAUGGAGGAGCUGCUGGACAAGGUCUCAGGAAAGUCCCUGGUUAAGGAAGAGAGGGAAGAAAGGAUGGGGAGUGCAGAUGCAGCCAAAUCAACAUCACCAUUACUGAGAGAAAACAAAGUUAGUGUUGAUACAAAGGCAAAUGGAGGUAUGUGUAAACAGGAACCUAUGGAGAUGUUACUAGAAACCCAGAAUAAGAACCAUAGUUUAGAAUUAGGCAAAGCACCCAUCGAUAAUGACCACAGUUUAGGGAUGUUUAAUGAUGAUUCAUUUGAGAGGCCUUUUAUCAGCCCUCUUAAUUCACUACAGUUAGUGGUGAACACACACCUUCCCAAAGCCUCCAAGGUGUUCAGCUCGUCCUCUGAUCCACUCUCAGUGUUAUACAAGAUCAGCAACAGGGUGGUAGACAAAACUGCCCACCAUUCAGCAUCUGAAAAGCAAUAUGGGAUGCCUGACACAGAUUUCUACAAGGACAGUGACCAGCCUAUAGAUCUGAGAAAAUGCAAAAGCAGUACUGGCAGCAUCAAUAAAGAAAGCGUUAUCAACACCAGCAGCCUCAAGGUAAUAAACAACAAAUCUAAUGGAAGCCGGCCUCAUCACCCAGGCUUACCUCUCUCAGAUCCUCUAAACCAACGGGAAAACGCCCUCAUGGACAUCUCAGACAUGGUAAAGAGCCUCACUAGCCAGCUCACUCCCAAGUCCUCCACUCCACCAUGCCUUUUAGCAAAAUCUGACACGGAUGGGAGUUCAUGCGAGGAUCCAUUGGAGAACUUUUCUCCCGUGCAGAAGCAAAACGGUCGUCAGUCCAACUGGAACCCUCAGCACCUUCUCAUUCUUCAGGCUGAGUUUGCUUCAAGCCUGAGACAGACACCAGAAGGUUGCUACAUCGUAACGGACCUCUGUCCUCAUGAACGUGUGAAAAUCUGCAAGUUCACAGGUCUCUUAAUGACCACUGUCUCACACUGGCUUGCUAAUGUGAAGUACCAGCUGCGUAGGACAGGAGGGACCAAGUUUCUGAAGAACCUGGACUCCAGGAAUCCAUUGUUUCUUUGUGGAGAGUGUGAUUCAAAAUUCAGGACUCCUUCCGCUUACGUUAACCAUCUGGAGUCUCACCUCGGCUUUAGCCUCAAGGAAAUGUCCAAGAUGUCUCCGAGGUGAAUCCCGGAAAAAAAGAAAGACGUCUGACUCGUAGAGUCAUCAGAUCAUCUGUUAUUUCUUACCCUACGUUCACACUAGUGAGUGACAAAGUAAUAGAUGACCACUGCAUGACUCAACACUUCAAACUAUAUUUGAAUGAAUAUUUUCUCAAUUUUAUGCAAAUUAGUUAUGAUGCAGUAAUGGGCGAAUCCAAAGGCAUGCCUCGACAAAAUUCACCGCACCAAUCCGACCGAUCCGUAUACUUUGACUACUACCAUUUCCUCUCAGAAGAUUUACAGGCCACGCCCACAAGCCAAA